GUCCCUCAUGGGCGAGUUCUGGGAGGCGGGGGAGGGUCUGCCCGGGAAUCCUACUUAGUGUGCUCCCAAAGCGUUUUGGAGAUGACCGUUCCGAUCCUGGGAGCUGCACUUGGGCGGGCUGGGCUGACGGAGGCUGUAGAAGAAGAGGAACGCGGGCCCUGGGAAACCCAGUAGAUACGCAGACAUUUUGGAGAUCAAAGAUGGGUAGAAAAGAUGCCUCCACUAUAAAACUUCCUGUUGAUCAGUACAGAAAGCAAAUUGGUAAACAGGAUUAUAAAAAAACGAAACCUAUUUUACGAGCAACCAAAUUAAAAGCAGAAGCAAAGAAAACAGCAAUAGGCAUAAAGGAAGUUGGCCUUGUACUUGCAGCUAUAUUGGCUCUCCUACUGGCUUUCUAUGCUUUCUUUUAUCUCAGAUUGACCACAGAUGUUGACCCUGAUCUGGAACCAGAUGAACAUUAGCUGAGCAGCAAUCAAUUCAUGAUAAGGAAAUAAUUUUAUAAAAGCACCUCCUGGGACCAAUACUUUCUGAAGUACUAAAACUACAACAUCUUGAAUUCUUUCUGCUGGUACUUUCAGUCUGCAGGAAUGUCUUUUUAAAUAGUUGCAUAGGAUAUCAAGAAAACAACCUUACCUAGCAAUGUAGUAUAAUGUAUGCUACUAGAUACUUUUAUAAAUCUUUCUAUUUUGACAGGCAACCUAUUCCUGGUGUAUUUACAUAAAAUGGAAAACAGAUCCUAAAUUCUUCAGAUGGUUUAGCUAAUUUAUGUGUGUAACUUCAUCAUGUACAGAUUAUUAAGUCCAUUUUUGUUCCACAUAUAUCAGUAGUAAAAGUAUAUAUUAUUUCCAGAAACAUACUCAAACCACACUCAGAGCCUAAGAAAGAAGAAAAAGUCAUGGGAAAUUUUUCAUUUUACAAGGAAGUCCUGCUUUCUUUCCAGAUGUAUUUUCUAUCAUUAGAGAGAAUAUCUGCACAUACAUCUACAGUAAUCUUUUUCCUUCUUUGCCAACUGUUCAGUGCACAUGUGCUCCAUCAGAAAUGGAACCUGGGUGACAGAAGCUCAAAGUCACAUAUGUCUCUAAAAUAGAAUUCCUUUCCUCUUGGGCUGUCUAAACUGGUGUAAAUAGAAAGUUCAGUUGAUCUUGAUUUUAAUUAACUUAUUGUAUUAAUAUAAACUUGGAAUCUAUUUUAAUUAUAGUAUUCUGGCUGCUUAUAGUAUCAGUUUAUUGCUCUUUUUUUGGGAGAUACGUAACCUGUCAUUUAAUUGUGCAGUCUUUUUCACACAAGAGUACUAGCAAAAGGCCUACCUACUUAGUAAUUUUCAUGGGUUGUCUCCUAAAACUGAACAAUACAAAGUUGUUUUGCAAAAUUACACUUUGUCUCUUUAGAGAUAAUCUGUUAGAACUCUUUCAUGAAAAAUAAUAGAAGAAAAUAUAUAUUUCAUAUUACUUGCAUAUGCAGUUUUCUGUUUACAUAAUUUUUUUCAAGGUGUUUUGCAUUUGUUGCAACAUAAUGAUAAAUACAUUCAAUAUUUUUACUGAUAAUGGAUUUUUUCAUAUUUUUAGAGCACAUGAAUACAUAAAGCUUAGAAAAUGGGAAAAUAUGUGUCCACAAGAGUUGUUAGCUGCUACCUUAUAUAAAGAUUUAUAAAAAGUGAGUAGUUUGAAACAUGUGCACAGUGUUCCAUAGUAUAUACAUUGUAUUUAUGAGGAAUACAUAAAAUGUUAAGAUUGUUUUCAUACUUGCCAAGAGAAAAAAGCUUUGAUAAAUACCCUGCAUAUUCUUUGAGACUUUUGCAAAUAGUUGAAUGUGACUGUGUAGUAUUAUGUUCUGCAAAAUUUUUUCAAGUAGCAUAUUUUAUUUCAUCAGUGUGGAAACAGCCAAAAUUUCCAAUAUUCUCACAAAUCAUUUAUGUCAAACAUUUGAGGGCAAAAUUUAGACUGUUAUUUACUGGAUUUUUCUCCUUGAAAUCACAGACUCAAGAGACAGACUAACAGUUCUUACACACUCACCACAGCGGACCAAUCCAAGUGUCAUUUUUAAGAAAGGUUACAGCAUUUAAUGCCAUGUGGUAUGUCUGUUUGUAAAGUGGGUAGCAAGGGAAUAUCCAAGCUGGCAUUUUGGAUGUGAUGGGCCUUUUAUUUUCCUGAGUGAUGUGCCACAUGUCAAGAAAUGCUGUUUUCCCCAGUCCUAUCACAUUUACGUGAACAAUUUUCAUUUAGUUAUUUUCCCUCCCAUAUGGUGUUAAAAACGGUCAUAUUAAAUAAAGUUAUUUCUGAUUUCAGUGGUUAUUUAAGUGAGAGGAUGUGUAAUAAUUGUUUAUUAGAUACCAAUUCAAGUGAGGUAUGGCAGAAUUUACAGUAUUUAAAAUAGGUGAAUAUACUCUUGGAAAUGUUUAAGUAUUCAUUAACCUGAAAAUAACUUUACUAUCUUCUUCUACUCUUAAGGUAUUCUUUUGGGGGAAAAAAUGUUGUUGUUGUUGUUUUUUAAUUAAGAUAUAGUUAAUAUGCAAGAUUAUAUUGUUACUUCUGAUAGUAAUAAAUAUUAGUCUAAACAUAGUAUGAUUAUAGGCAAGUUUCAUCACCUAGUUUUAUCAAUACCCUUAGUCUAUGACUAGGCCAUUUCUAUGACUGACUGACUUAUGAUGGCUCCACGCAACUGUAAGUCCCAAAGGUAAAACUCUGAUUUUAAUAAAUAGCAGGUAAAUUAAGACAAUGUAUGUUUAUGUAACACUGUUUUCAUGAAGUGCAUUUUUCAUGCUCACAGUAACUGGGAAGCAGCCAAUCCUCUGCAGAGAAAUCCCAGAUUGAGUCUAGUUUUAAUCUUUGAAGACAGAGAGGUGAUAUCCAGCCUGCAGUUUCAGGGGACCACACUUUUGAAUAGUAAGUGGUGUUUGGCAUAAAUCUGACACUGGCACCAGACACAAAUAUUAAGCAUGGGUUUUUUUCCCCUCCAGUAAUUGCUUAGAGUAAUUCAGAAGACAAAAAGAAAAAAUUAUAAUGACUUUUCAGAAUGUUAGAAUCUAUUACAUAACAUAUUUUGCAGAAUAAAUUUCAACUAAUUCUGCAGAUUUAACAUAUAGCCUAUGUGAAUGAAGCUUGAAGUGUUGCUGGUUCUUACUUUGCAGGCAAAAUAAAAAUAUAUAAAAUUCAUUUGUGAGGAGAUGUUAUAAAAAUAUAACCUCAUCUAGAAUUUCUUUCAGACAAAAUAAACAAAAAGUCUAUCUUAGUACCAGCAUAGGAUUUGUUAUUGUUUUAAGGUGGCAAAAUACAAGAUUUUCUGUCUUUUAAAUUUUUCGUAAAGAUGCAAGGAAUACUCCCACCCUAGGCAAUGAUUGCAAGAUACUGAGAAUAUGUUAUUUAUUUCUGUAAUUCCAAUAAUGUAAUGAUCUGCACAUAUAUAAUAAAUUCAUGUUAAAAUUUAAGUUAAUAUUUUUAGUCCUCUCAGACUUUUGCACAGCUUUUACGUGUAGUAGAUUAUCAAAAUUAUUUGCAUUUAAUAAAUAAAACUUAAAAAUCACAAUAUUCAUCAACUCAACAUUUAGCAUUUAUGGUCAUUGGUUGUAUUUGGACAAUAUAUGUUUCAUCCUGGUUUUCUUUAAGAUCAAGACAACUGGCAUUACUGUAGAACAGAUGCAUUGCUCUUUUUCUAGGAAACCAAAUAUGCUAUUUUUAUCUUAGUAUUGUAAAAAAUCAUACUCAAUGUUUAUAACAGUAUACAUCUUCAUUCCCAAUUAAAAAAACUAAAUUUUAAUUAUAAUGUUUGUAUGUGAACACUAAAGCUCUAUAUUUUCCAAAUUCUAAAAUUUAUAGUCAAUGAUAAUUCAAUAGAGCAAAUUAUGCUUUAGACAUGCUUUAGAAAUAAGCUUCUAUAAAUUAAACUGAAAUUUUAGAUUUUGAUGUAUUUCAUCCAUAACAAUGUUGCUGAGCCAGAGACUAUCUAAAAUAAGAUUUUUUCCCUCUUUACCAACAAUUAGGUUUCUUUACACUUACCUGAGGCUUCUCUGGGGAAAUUCCUACCGCUUCUCCCUUAGCAAGACUGCCUUCUUUUAUGAGAAUUGCUCCAGUGUAGCCUGUAUAGAAUGGUGUUUGCUAGAUUUUGUUCCAUUGACACUCAGUGCAACCCCCAUUAAAAAUCUAUAGCAGUAAGGGGGUUAGGGGGUGGGAGA